AUGGAGCCAGCAGCAGCCAGGGUGGAGGGCGGCUUCCUGCCCGAGCCAGCUCCCUCACGGCCGCCCGCCGCGAGCGGCAGCUGGCCCGCGGCGCCGCCGCAGCGGCCCGCGCCGCCGCCGCCGCCGCCUCGCCGCCCCGCCUCGGGCUGGGCCCCGCCUCUGGAUCCCGACCGCCUCGACGAGCUCCCAGACGCGGCCGCCGAUGCGCCGCAGACGGCCGGCUGCAGCCGCUGCACCAGCCUCAGCCUCAACGCGGAGUGGCACCGCGCGUUUGGCGUGAGCACUGCCAAGCAGCGGUACAGCCUGAGCGACGGCGACCUGGCCAAGCUGGGCAGCCUGCGCAAGGCCAACCCGCACAAGAAGGACUGGCAGCCCAUGCACCUGUACCUCGAGUCGCAGGUGGCGGCGGCGGCGCACGCCAAACACGGCGGCGCCGAGGGCUUGCAGCAGUUCCAGCAGGGCCGGCUGGACGCACGCAUGCAGUCCAAGCUCAAGCGGCGUCAGGAGGAGAAGCGGCGGGAGCAGCAGGAGGAGGCGCGGCUGAGGCGCAUCCGGCAGCGCAUUGACGGCCAGGGCAGGGGCCAGGAUGCGGAGGCCGCGCUGAGCGACAACGAGGUGGAGGAGAUCUGA